UAUAACGUCAACACGUGUGGGGAUUUAUAAAACCGUCCGGGAAAAUAAACAAAGUUAUGAAUAAUAAACUAUUCGAGGGCUCCGAUGACGAUGGAGAGGAUCUACAGCUGUCCACCAACAAGGAUUAUGCAAAGACCUACAACAUCCUGCGUAAAAAGGAACUGCUUCAGAAAUAUAAAGAUCGUGGCUUAGAUGUGUCCGAAUCUGAAUUCGAUAGCGACAGUUCUUCCUCCGAAGAGGACGAGGUGGACCCGAAAUUUGACCAAGACUUUUUUAAGACGCUCUCGUCGCUGAAAAGCAAAGACCCGCGAAUUUACGACAAGGACACGAGAUUCUUUAAUGAAUCUUCUAGCGAUGAAGAGGGGGAGGAUAAGGUCCCCAAAAAGAAGAAGAAAGCCAAGCCAGUCACCUUAAAGGACUACGAGAGAAAGGUGAUCCUGGAGCACAAUGGCAAAUUUGAGAGUUCGGAUGAGGAACAGCAAGAGAAGGAGCAGGAGGAAUUCGAAAGGGCCCAGUCACCCACGGCCGUGGAGGAGGAGCGGCGUCUUAAGGCCGAAUUCAGGAGUGUAAUGAACCAGGAGGACGAUGGCGAAGACGAGGAAUUUGGCGGCAUAUUCAAAAAGCGCAGCAAAACCAAGGAGCAGACGGCGGCCGAGGAAGCGGACUUUGCCAAGUGGUUAGCAGGAAAGCAGGAGGAGAUCCAGCCCACCGAUAAGGAGCAGCUGGAACCCCUAAAACAGUACUGGACUAGCAGUAAGCUGACGCAGGGCGAGAGUUUCCUGAGGGACUACAUCCUCAACAAAGGAUAUGCGAACACGGAUGAAUCCGCCAUUCCCACUUAUGAUGAAAUCGUGGGAGAAACUGCCCCACUUUCCGAGGACGAAAAGGAGCUCGAGAAGCAGGCGGAGUUCGAGCACAAGUACAAUUUCAGGUUUGAAGAGCCCGAUGCGGAGUUUAUCAAACGCUAUCCCCGUACAAUCGAGCAGUCCAUUCGUCGAACAGAUGACAAGCGAAAAGAGAAGCGCAAGGAGCUAAAGGACCGCAAGGAUCAGGAGAAGCAGCAAAAGAUGAAGGAACUCGAGCUGAUAAAGGAAAUGAAACGCAAGGAAAUCGAGGAGAAAAUCCGGAAACUGAAAGCGGUUACUGGCAACGAUGAACUCGGUUUCCGAGACGAGGAACUCGAUGAGGAUUUUGAUCCAGCGGCGCAUGAUCGUCGAAUGCAGGAGCUCUUCGACGACGAUUACUACAAAGUGGAUGAGGGCGAGGAGAAACCAGAAUGCCCCUCGGAUAUUGAUGAAUUGGUUCUGGAAGAUUGGGACAAUUACGAUCCCAAGCAGCACAAAAAUACGGGUGAUGAGGAUUACGAAGGACACUGCGAGGACGAUGACUUCAACAUGGAUUGCGACUAUGAUCCAUCUACAUCCAAGCAGCAACUCCAACAGGAGCUCAUUGAAAACACGCGGGGACGAAAAGGUCGCAAGGGCAGGCGAAAUCGCUUUAUGGAAAUGAUUCAGGCGGAAAAGCCCGCAUUCAAUCCUGAGGACGAGAAGACCUACAGUGAGUACAUCGACGAGUACUACCAAAUGGACUGCGAGGACAUCGUGGGAGAUCAGCCAUGUCGGUUCAAAUAUGUGGAAACUACACCGAAUGAUUUCGGGCUGACGAUAGAAGAGAUCUUGCUGGCCAAGAAUAAGGAACUCAACCAAUGGGCCAGUCUUAAGAAAGCUGUACAAAACAGGCCCGAACAUAUCGAGAAAAAGGAGCAACGUUUGUACAAGAUGAAGGCAAAAAAUGAAGACCUCAAGCGAAAGAUAUUCAAGAGUCUGUAUGGCGAUGGAUCUGACGAUGAAGAGCAGCCAGCGGAAGCAGCGCCUGAAAGUAAACCAGCUGUUGAAACCCCAGCUGCAGCUGAAAGUGCACAAAUUCCAACGGAGGGCUUAUCGAAAUCGAAGAGGAAACGGCUAAAGCGCAAGGCUGCUGCAGCAUCUGCAGCCAGUUCAUCACAGGUUUCCAAAGAGGAACCAAAAGAAUCAACAGAAAACAAAAAGGCAGAGGAAACUAAGAACAAUGAAGGUCCUCCUGCUAAGAAGGGCAAAGAUGAAGCAAAUCAACAAAUGAAGAAGACCGAAACAACGAAACCCAACAACAACGCCGCAAAUAAUAACAAAAAGGAGCCUAAAAACGGGCAAAAUGGAUUGACUAAAUCACAAAAUCAAAAUAGUAAAGCAAAGUCAAAGCCCAAAAACGUUUUUAAAAAUACGGAAAAUCCACCCACAAAGAACGAAAAGCCAAAAGGAAAUAAUCCUUUCAAUAGGCCAUCUGUAAACCCCAACGAAAAGCAGUUGCAACCACAAAUAAACAAGAACCGAAGUGACAACAAAACAAAUCCUAGAAAUGCCACAGGUGCCAAUCCUUUCAAGAAAGCGAAUGAAAAACCAAGCGCACCCUUCCCAGCAAAGAAAACCAAUAACUUUAAGGCGAAAAACAAGAUGAACAAAACGCAAAAUGGAAUAACCGACGAUCGACUGAAGGCCUACGGAAUAAAUCCCAGAAAGUUCCACAAACGGGAAAAAUACGGGAAGAAGGAUAAGUAAAAAUCCAGGAUAAAUCUAUGAUUAAUAGUAGAGUUACACUUUGUAAUUACAUUUUAUGUACAUAUAAUAUUAAAAACCAGCACAGAACAAGUUAA